GCCUUUGGCUUUAUGACUCGAGUUGCCCUCCAAGCGGAGAAGAUGAAUCAUCACCCGGAGUGGUUCAACGUGUACAACAAGGUCCAAGUAACUCUCACUUCACAUGACCGUGGUGGGCUGACCAAAAGAGAUGUGAAACUAGCCAAGUUCAUUGAAAAAGCAGCUGCAUCCAUGUGAUUUCUUCAAAAAUGCAUGUAAAUCGUGUACACCUCUUAGUUGCAAUGUAUUUUGAAGGCAAUUUACGUGAACACAUUAAGUUGUAAAUCUAGCUUGUCUUCAUACUACAUUUUGUCAAAUCAAUGCUUAAAUAUAAAAUGAUUUAAACUUGA